UCAGCAGCUCCCAACAUCAGUGAAUAUGAAGCUCACCGUGUUUUUGUAUUGUCUGCUUGCGCUGUACUCGCUGGCUGCAGCUCAAGGAGGUCAAAGAUUCUGUGGGCGACGGUUGGCGCGGACGUUGGCAGGGCUCUGCUCCGAGGUGGACUAUGAAGACGCAGUGAAGCGGUCUGGUGCAGGCGACGAUGCGGGCGCCACUCGCAACUGGCACUGGGCGGCGUUGGGAGGUGCGCGCGGCAAGAGAGGAGUCGUAGAGGAGUGCUGCGAGAGGGCCUGCACGCUCGAUGAGCUGAUCACGUACUGCUGA